AUGUCAUUUCCCGACUUUCAGCUGCUUGAAAGCGAAAAAUUACAACCCACUAUUUUAGAAGUUGAAUGUAUUUUACGAGAGGCUACCCCCGAGCAAUUAAAAAAUGUGCGAGUUUUACCGGCUAAACGAGGUGUUUUAUGGUUAAUUAAAAAAAUUAGUUUACGAACAGGAUUGUUAUGUGGUGGAAAUUUUGGAAAAAGCAGUGGAGGGUUAUGA